ACAAUAUAGAAUAGAAAGAUUGUUAGUUGUAAAGUGGAAUGAGUGAGAUAGCAAGAGAUUUGUCAAAAAAAAAAGUAAAAAAAGGGAGAGGGAGAGCCUUGCCGCUUGCUGAGAAACUCUGCCACAGCCAUUGCCGUAAUAUUCACGACCAGGCAAAGCUCCCGCGCCCGCCGCCUCUCCUCUUACCACUGGUCCAUCCCCUAUCAUACACUACAGAAAAUCUCCCUACACCUGAUAUAGCUAGAUCUCUCUUUCAACAGAAUCCAUCCCCUAUUAUAGCCUUGGCCUGCCUUGGUCAUAGAUUUAGUGCGUGUGUGACUUGAGGUUAUUAUUUUGAUAGAUUAAUGUUUUAUGUCUUAGGUUACUGGUCUGAUCAAGGCAAUAAAACCGGGGGUUUAUUUUGAUGCCAUGUAAAAAAUUCUCUCUUCUCUGGGUUUGUGAGAGAUGGGACUAAACCUGAACAGAUACUACUAUACAAUCUGGUGUUUCUUUCUUGUUGGUCAUUACUGGAUAUACUUUUAACAGAAUCCUUUUCUUGAAAUCUCUCAAUAGUCUCAGUUCCGGAUUGAGACUUCUCCUUUGCGGGCUUUGUCUUUUCUUGACACCCGUACACAUGUUUCUGUUUCUUACAUAAAAAGAAGGUGAUCUUUCUAUUAACCUUAUUUAGAGAAGGAGGGGGGUUACAAAUCUUGGAGGAUUUGGGUAGGGUUUGGUGGGAUAUUGAGCUCCUGAUUUCGAAUCUAGUGUGACUUGUUCAAUAUUUAUGACUAUGGUUGUUUUUGGAUAGCAGAUACGCAUGCACAAGUAAGUACAAUCGCCGUGGUUUUACACUGUGGACAUUAGAUUCUCAGAAGGCAAAAGCAGACACGUUUGGUUUGCUUUACUCACUUCUCUAUAUCUGAAGAAACUGCCAUCCCUCUCUACAGUCUAGUCUCAAAACCUGCAUGCACCAACAAAGCCAAAAUAACCCAAUUCAUCUCUCAGCAAAUAUUUUUCAGGCGCAAAAUCAAGAAGAAACAGAAAAGAUUAGGUUUUUAGAGCGAUGCAAACAAAGAUGCAGGGAGGGAGUGAGGAUGUGAAGCCAAAUCAAGAAAGAAGAUUGAAAUCGACUCAAGGAGAUGAUCAGCAGCAGCCGCCGCAAAAAUGCCCUCGCUAAGGUAUUGGACUCUUGGUGGUACCAUGAGGAAUGUUCCUGUAGGAGGUGGUUGCCGAAAAGGAAAGCGCGCAAAAACAUCAUCUUCUAGUUCCGGCGAGAACUCGCGGUUGCAGCAACAGCUACAGCAACAAUCACAACUCUUGGCAACCCCACAAAAUAUCCUUGCUACCACUAAUUCAGGUAAUUCUGUAAGUCCUGCUUUGAGGACCAAAGAAUCAGGGAAUUUGGUUUCACCUCCUCCUGGGAUGUCUUCAAUGGGGUCUUAUUUUCCUGGUGAUGGAUUCUUGACUUCUUUAGAAGCAAUUCAGUCCUUGAAUAAUAACCAACCACCAAUACAGUCUUUCUCUUUUCAGCCUCUAAAUCAACCUGUCAAUCUUGGUGGUGAUUUAGGAGAUACUUCAAAUUUGGGUCUUUUGCAUGGUUUCAGUGCAGUUCCUGCUUACGGGUCACAAAAUCAACAGCAAAGGCAAUUCUACCAUGUGGAUAAUAGAGGUAAUAAGAGUGUUGAACAUUCUUUUUAUCCACAUGAUCAAGAGAGCUUGAUUCAAUCAAGCAGGCCAGCUGCCACAUCCUCUCAUCAACAGCAAAAUUGGCAUCAGGGUUUUAUAAGCAAUAGUAACCCUACUGUCUCUGAUACUGUUUUGUGGAGCAUAAGCACCAGCACCACCAUAGGGCACCCUAACAGUAACAUCAACACCGGUACUGAUGGCUCCGCAUCCUUGAACCCAGAUCAAUGGCAUCAUGAUCUGCCGGGAAAUGGACCUCCAUCAUGAUGUCUAUAUAGCUUGUUUAGCUAUUCUUGUAGCUCUCCGUCAAGAACUCCAAAGAAACAGGCGGCAUGACUCCUAGGCAUUAAUUCUUUGCUUUUUGUAAGCAUGAAAACCAAAGGGUCUCUUUUUCUUUUUUCCCUUUACCUCUGCAAAAUGAUAGUGGUAUGUGCAUCAUGGUUCAUUACGGGACAUAAAUAUCUAGACAGAAUAUAAUUGUGAUGUGGUGUAAAUGGAAGAGCAGGGGCAGUAGCCUUUUAUGCUUAUAUUACAGUGAAUUUCUGCAUUGCUGUGUAGGAACCUUGAUUAAAGAUAUAAUAUGCUUGUAAAAGCUUUUGUUUUCUC